UACUUCUCAAUUGGUUAUCAUACUGGUUGUUAAAACUUAUCUCGACUAGCUAGUUUGUUUGUUUACGAUACGGUUUUCGUUGCCGACUCGGACAGAGACUCAUGUGUCCCUUUUGUAUAUCCAUGUGAGAUUUCUGCACCAUUGCUGCAUUCUGUUCGAUCUCGAUCUUCCAAGAAGGAACUUGGAGCGAUGGCCACCGGCGGGAACUCGCUGCCGUCGCCGUCGUGCGCCGAUGACAAGAAGCGGCGGGUGUGCUACUACUACGACCCCGGCAUCGCCCACAUCAAAUUCAGCGACGACCAUGUCAUGGUGCCCGCCCGCGUCGCCAUGGCGCACAGCCUCGUCGGCGUCUACGGCAUGCUCGGCGACAUGCGCCGCCUCCGCACGAGACCCGCCACGGAGGCGGAGAUCCGCCGCUUCCACUCGCCGGAGUACGUCGACCUCCUCCGCGACCUCACCCCGGAGAGCUACUUCAACGACGCCGCGCUUCGGCAGAAGGCGGAGGAUGACCACGGCAUCGGCGGCGACGACGAUUGCCCCGCCUUCGACCGCCUCUGGAAGUACUGCCGCGGCUACGCCGGCGGGUCGUUCGCCGCGGCGCGCGCGCUUGUCGACGGCGCCUCCGACAUCGCCAUCAACUGGUCCGGCGGCAUGCACCACGCGUCCGCCUGCAAGGCCACCGGCUUCUGCUACGUCAACGACAUCGUGCUCGCCAUCAACGAGCUCCUCGGCACCUUCAGGCGAGUCAUCUACGUCGACAUCGACGCGCACCACGGCGACGGCGUGCAGAACGCCUUCUUGGACUCCAACCGGGUCAUGACGCUGUCGUUCCACCGGUACGGCAAAAUCACGCCCCACAAGGACUUCUUCCCGGGCUCCGGCGCCAUCAACGAAAUCGGCGACGGCGCCGGCGAGCACUACAGCGUGAACGUGCCCCUGGACGCCGGCGUCCGCGACGACGUGUACCACACGCUGUUCAAGCCGAUCGUGGGCAAGGCCAUGGAGGUGUUCCAGCCGGAGGCCAUCGUGCUGCAGUGCGGCGCCGACUCGCUCUCCGGCGACCGCCUCGGCGGCAUGGAGCUGUCGGUGCGGGGCCACGCGGAGUGCGUCAGCUUCCUCCGCGGGUUCAACCUGCCGCUGCUCCUCGUCGGCGGCGGCGGCUACACCAUCAACCACGUCGCCUCCGCGUGGUGCUACGAGACGGCGGUCGCCGUCGGCAAGGAGAGGAAGCUCCCCGACGACAUAGAGAUACCCAGCCACGGCUACGAGCUCAUGUACAAGAACCAGGGGAACAAGCUCCAUUACAAGACGUCGACAGCGACGGCGGCGAGAAAGAGGUCGAGCAGCACGGAGGUCACCAAGGGGAAGGUGCUCGAGCACCUGUCGCAGGUCAAGCGCGCGCCGAGCGUGCAGUUCCAGGAGCGACGCGGCGGCGACAAUGCCGCCGGAGUUGGGCUCUACUACGAGCGCCCUCCGAGCCUGGAAGACGACGAACCCGCGCAGAGGCUGCACCGCCUCUGCUUCCCUGGCCUGACGAAGCGUAUCAGGCUCAAUGACUGACGCCGGCGUCCACGCAGAUUAACCCGAAUUCGCCGGAGUGCAGCUGCUCUGCUGCUGUCGGUUGGAGUUAAGCCAGUCGGAUAGACACGUGGCAGAGAUCCUGUUGGGACUGCAGCCUGUUGACUAGUCAAUUUUUUUUUGUUAGUGCUUUCCUCUCCUCUGAAUAACCGAUGAUACGGAGUAUUUGACUAUUGCCGGAGUACACCGGGAUAUUUUUCAGAAAAUUUUAGUUUGAUUAUUGGACCUUA